AUGAUUAGUGCAUGUGACAAGAGAAAAGAUACUCUAGCAUUGAAUGCCUCAACAAUUGCUAAGAAGCCGCAUGGUAAACCAAUCAAUAGAAAAAAUUCUUGUCCAAGAGUCAAGGCAAGUAAAAGGAAUAAAUUGAGGAGUAGGUUGGAUGCAUCUGACAAGCACAAGAGCUUGGACAAAUGA